AGUCUCCGUUAUCAUAUGAGAAUUACCAUUUCUGGAAUCUGGAGUCUGGACACCUUUCUCUUUGUUAAACCACUGAGGGCCAUCAAUGCGAUCUGCUUCUCGAUCGAUCAAUUCUAAAGACAUUUAUACCUGCAUAUAUAGAGAGAAAAAUGUCGAUGUCCGACUCCGACAUGUCUUCGCACGCCAUCGAUUACAAGUAUUUUCGGCAAAUUACCCGUGAUAGAUUACUAUGUGAAAUGCUUAGAUCAGCAAAAUCAAAGGACUCAAAAGCAACAUGGAAGGUACUCAUCAUGGACAAACUAACAGUCAAAAUAAUGUCAUAUGCGUGCAAGAUGGCAGAUAUUACAGAUGAAGGAGUUUCAUUGGUUGAAGACAUCCACAAGCGGCGACAGCCACUGCCCACAAUGGAUGCUGUAUACUUCCUUCAACCCACUAAAAACAAUGUUAUAAUGUUUUUAUCUGACAUGGCUGGGAAAUCACCUUUAUACAGAAAGGCAUUUAUCUUCUUCAGCUCACCUAUUGACAAAGAAUUGGUUAAUCAGAUAAAGAAGGAAACCACUGUCCUGUCUCGCAUUGGUGCCUUGAGAGAGAUGAACUUGGAGUAUUUUGCCAUAGACAGCCAGGGUUUUGUCACAGAUUAUGAGAGGGCUCUAGAGGAACUUUUUGGAGAUGAUGAGGGUUCUUGCAAAGGUGAUGCAUCCUUGAAUUUGAUGGCCUCCCGCAUUGCUACAGUACUUGCCUCAUUGAGGGAGUUUCCUUCAGUGCGUUACCGUGCUGCCAAACUUGAUCCUACCACAAUGACUACAUUUCGUGAUUUGAUUCCAACAAAGCUUGCUGCUGGAGUUUGGAAUUGUCUUAUGAAAUACAAAACUACCAUUCCUAAUUUUCCUCAGACAGAAACAUGCGAUCUACUUAUUGUGGAUAGAUCUGUAGAUCAGAUUGCUCCCAUCAUACAUGAGUGGACAUAUGAUGCCAUGUGUCAUGAUUUGCUGAACAUGGAAGGGAAUAAGUAUGUGCAUGAGGUUCCAAGCAAAGUGGGUGGCCUUCCUGAGAAAAAAGAUGUGAUUUUGGAGGAUCACGAUCCAAUCUGGCUAGAGAUUCGCCAUUCCCACAUUGCAGAUGCUAGUGAAAGGUUGCACGAGAAGAUGACAAACUUUGUUUCAAAAAACAAAGCUGCAAAAAUCCAGCAAACUUCAAGAGAUGGUGAAUUGUCUACUCGGGAUUUACAAAAGAUGGUUCAAGCUUUGCCUCAGUAUAGUGAACAAAUCGAGAAGCUCUCUCUCCAUGUAGAUAUUGCUGGAAAGCUGAAUAGGACCAUCAGAGAAAUGGGGCUUAAAGAACUUGGGGAAUUAGAACAAAAUCUUGUUUUUGGUGAUGCAGGAACAAAGGAUGUCAUCAAUUUCCUGAAAAUGAAACAGGAUAUAACGCGUGAAAAUAAGUUGCGCUUGUUAAUGAUAUAUGCUGCGGUCCACCCUGAGAAGUUUGAUGAUGAUAAAGUUGCAAAACUAAUGGAGGUAGCACAAUUGCCUGAAGAUGAUAUGAGUGCUAUAUACAAUAUGAGGUUACUGGAGGGAUCAUCAUCUUCAGAAAACAAAAAAAGCUCAAGUGGGUCCUUCUCUCUCAAAUUUGAUGUUCAUAAGAAGAAGCAUGCUGCGAGAAAAGAACGACAUGAUGAACAAGCAACUUGGCAAUUAUCUCGUUUUUACCCCAUGAUAGAGGUACUAGUAGAAAAUUUGAGUAAAGGUGAUUUACCGAAGAAUGACUACCCAUGCAUGAAUGAUCCAAGCCCAAGUUUUCAUGGGACCUCUCGAGGUGCACCAAUGACACAUGAUAUACCAGCUCCUCACUCAAUGAGAUCUAGGAGGUCAGCAACAUGGGCUCGCUCUAGAAGUUCCGAUGAUGGAUAUUCAAGUGAUUCAAUUCUGAGAUGUGCAUCAAGUGAUUUCAAGAAACUGAUGGGUCGACGCAUUUUUGUGUUUAUAGUUGGUGGCGCAACUCGGUCAGAGUUACGUGCUUGCCACAAGUUAACCACAAAGCUACAGAGAGAAAUAGUGUUGGGUUCAUCUAGUCUUGAUGAUCCUCCACAAUUCAUUACGAAAGUGAAGCUCUUAAAAGCUAAUGAACUCUCACUGGAUGAUCUGGAGAUCUAGGUAAAAAUGGUUGCUACAUCUUGAUUUGCACUUAUUUUCUCCCACCUAGCUAGCUUUUCAUCCCAAUUGUAAUUCUUCCCUUCUCCAUUUUUUGACACCUUCCAUGAAAUCCUGGAGCGUUGCCAGUGUAGUUUGUGGGCAUAUAACAUUAACAAUGACAUAGGUACUAGCCGUAUUGUAAUCGAUUUUUUCUGUGCUGUUA